AUGGUAUUGCUCCCUCGUAACAUGCGCUCUAUUGGUCCUUCAGUCUCUCGAGGACUUCACACGUCCUCGAAGGCAUCGUUCCUCGCAAGACCUGCAUUCAGCCGGGCUGCUGCUGCACCUUCGACUCUUCCUCGCAAGCUCUCUGGCCAGCUCAAUUCAAUCCGCACACUAACAACUACUCGCCAAAACCAGGUCAAGGUCCUCGCAGUACUCUACGACGGCGGUCAGCACGCCAAAGACGUCCCCGGCCUUUUGGGCACCACCGAGAACGAGCUUGGCAUCCGAAAGUGGCUCGAAGACCAAGGCCACACUCUGGUCACCACUUCUGACAAGGAUGGCGAGAACUCAAAGUUCGACCAGGAGCUUGUCGACGCUGAGAUCAUCAUCACAACUCCCUUCCACCCCGGUUACCUUACCGCCGAGCGUCUCGCCAAGGCCAAGAAGCUGAAGCUUGCCGUCACUGCUGGUAUCGGUUCCGACCAUGUCGACCUGAACGCCGCCAACAAGACCAACGGUGGUGUCACCGUCGCCGAGGUUACCGGCUCCAAUGUCGUCUCCGUCGCCGAGCAUGUUGUCAUGACUAUCCUUGUCCUCAUCCGCAACUUCGUCCCUGCCCACGAGCAGAUUGAGCGCGGUGACUGGAACGUCGCUGCUGUUGCCAAGCAAGAAUACGACCUUGAGGGCAAGACCGUCGGCACCGUCGCCAUUGGUCGCAUUGGUGAGCGUGUUCUGCGUCGCCUCAAGGCCUUUGACUGCAAGGAGCUCCUCUACUACGACUACCAGCCCCUGUCUGCCGAGAAGGAGAAGGAGAUUGGCUGCCGCCGUGUCGAGAACCUCGAGGAGAUGCUUGCUCAGUGCGACGUUGUUACCAUCAACGCUCCCCUUCACGAGAAGACCCGCGGCCUCUUCAACAAGGACCUCAUCUCCAAGAUGAAGAAGGGUUCCUACCUCAUCAACACCGCCCGCGGCGCCAUCAUCGUCAAGGAGGAUGUUGCUGACGCCCUCAAGUCUGGCCACCUCGCCGGCUACGGUGGUGACGUCUGGUUCCCCCAGCCCGCCCCUGGCGACCACCCUCUGCGCACCGCCAAGAACCCCUUCGGAGGCGGCAACGCCAUGGUUCCCCACAUGUCUGGUACUUCUCUCGACGCCCAGAAGCGCUACGCCGAUGGUACCAAGGCCAUCAUUGACAGCUACCUGAGUGGCCGUGAGGACUACAAGCCCGAGGACCUGAUCGUCCACAAGGGUGACUACGCUACCAAGGCCUACGGCCAGCGUGAGAAGAAAUAA